AUGGAAUCAGAUUUUGCUCUGCUGCACAAAACCAUCUCCACCACCGCCACCACCACCCCUGCUGCUGAUGCCAAGCGCAAGGUUCAGGUUCUGGGUGCCUACGAGUCUGUUGCAAGCGCUAAACGUGCAUCAGAGAAGGGAGUGCUGCAGCUGCUCUUCGAUGCUCGCCUGCUGUCAGACGUGCUAUCAGGAGGGGCGGAGCUACCUCUGGAAGCACUCACCCCUCCUCCCUGCCUCCUCUUCUCCCCCCCCCCCCUUCUCUUACAGGUUUUGGCAGCCUACAAAGCCGUUGCCUCUGCUCGGCGCGCAUCAGAGAAGGGAGUGCUGCAGCUGCUCUUCGAUGCGCGCUGGCAAAAGCGAGUGACAGCGCUGCUGGAGAAGCUGCAGGAGGAACUGGACGCGAUUGAUAGAGCCGCCUCUGCCCCGCGCCAUCCCUGCGCCACAGACGCCAACACCCUCGAUACCGCUCCCACUGUCCCGCGCUUCACCUUCCUGCCCAUCAGCCAGCAUCACCAGCUGACUGAUUCUGCAUCCACCCUUUCUGUCUCUUUCUCCCUUCCCCACCCCAUCCCUUCCCCCUCUUCCUCCCCCCCUCUUUUUUUUCACUUCUCCCCCCUAUCCCCCCACUUCAACCAGCUCUCCUCUUCUAGCCAAUGGUGGGCUGGCACCUGGCGGCAAACCCCGCCGUCCAUCCACUUUGGACAUGUCUCGCUAUCCGAUUCUGGUUCCAGCAGCAACAGUGGUGCUCCAGUUUCCCGAGUGCCUAGUGGGUCAGGGGCUGGGGCAACUGCAGCAGCAGCAGGUGGUGGUGGGUUCGGAGGGGUGGGAACCGGUGCGCGGGGAGAAGACGGGACUCUUGGAGGAGCGUUCUCGUUUGCAGAUUCCACGAGGCUCUCUGCUACACCCAUUUUCAAGUCGCUUAUGGGUCAGGCUGCUUCAGUGGCUCCCGCCCUCCGUGGCGCGGAGACCAAGGCUUCCUUGUCCUCGGUUAAGGCUCCUCUCGGCCUGUACUCUGGCCUGAGGAAGACCUCCUCGGCCAAGGCUUCCAAGAAGAGCCGUGCUGCAGUGAAGGCUCAGAUUGCUAAGGUCACGGCCACUGCUGCUGUCGAGGUUGCUGCUAAGACUGAUGCCGCUCUCCUUGAGAAGGCCAUCAACUCUAUCAGGUUCCUCGCCAUCGAUGCCGUCGAGAAGGCGAAUUCCGGUCACCCUGGUCUUCCCAUGGGCUGUGCUCCCAUGGCUUUCGUGCUCUUCGAUGAGUUCAUGAAGUUCAACCCCAAGGACCCCUACUUCGUCAACCGCGAUCGCUUUGUGCUGUCUGCCGGCCACGGUUGCAUGCUUCAAUAUGCUCUGCUCCACCUUUUCGGAUACGACAGCGUUCCGAUUGAGGAGCUUAAGCAAUUCCGUCAGUGGGGAAGCAAGGCCCCUGGCCACCCCGAGCACUUCAUCACCCCCGGUGUUGAGGUCACCACGGGUCCCCUUGGCCAAGGUAUUGCUAACGCUGUCGGUCUGGCUCUUGCGGAGAAGCACCUUGCUGCCCGCUUCAACAAGCCUGGGUUCGACCUCAUCGACCACUACACCUAUGUUAUUCUCGGUGACGGUUGCAACAUGGAGGGUAUCUCCACCGAGGCUGCUUCCCUCGCCGGUCACUGGGGUCUCGGCAAGCUCAUCGCUCUGUACGACGACAACCAUAUCUCCAUUGAUGGCAACACCGAUAUUGCAUUCACGGAGGACGUGAGCGCGCGUUUCGACGCCCUCGGCUGGCACACAAUCUGGGUGAAGGACGGCAACACCGACCUGGACGCCCUUCGCGCCGCCAUCGAGGAGGCCAAGUCCGUCACGGACAAGCCCACCAUGAUCAAGAUCACCACCACCAUCGGCUACGGUUCACCCAACAAGGCCAACUCGUACGCCGUGCACGGUGCUGCUCUCGGUGCCAGCGAGGUCACCGCAACCAGGGAGAACCUCAACUGGCCGUAUGCGCCAUUCGAAGUCCCUGCUGAGGUCUACGAGCACACGCACAAGAAGAUUGAGGAGGGUGCCAAGCUCGAGGCUGACUGGAACGCACUUCUGGCUAAGUACGAGAAGGAGUACCCCACGGAGGCCGCCCAGUUCAAGCAGCUCAUCAGCCUCGAGCUCCCAGAGGGCUGGGAGAAGGCUCUUCCGACCUACACCCCUGACAUGCCUGGGGAUGCUACCCGUAACUUGUCCCAAGUGAUGCUGAACGCCCUGGCCGACGUCCUCCCUGGCCUUGUUGGUGGCUCCGCCGAUCUGGCCUCCUCCAACAUGACCCUGCUCAAGAAGCACGGCAACUUCCAGAAGGACACCCCUGCUGAGAGGAACAUCCGCUUCGGUGUGCGCGAGCACGCCAUGGGAGCCAUCGCCAACGGUAUCCAGCUGCACCACACCGGCCUCAUUCCCUACGUCGCCACCUUCUUCAUCUUCUCCGACUACAUGCGCAAUGCCAUCCGCAUCUCCGCGCUCGGCGAGACUGGUGUCAUCCAGGUCAUGACCCACGACUCCAUUGGUCUUGGAGAGGACGGCCCCACUCACCAGCCUAUUGAGCACCUGGCGUCCUUCCGCGCCAUGCCCAACCUUCUGAUGAUGAGGCCUGCUGACGGCAACGAGACUGCGGGAGCGUACAAGGUGGCCGUGCAGAACAGGAAGAGGCCGACUGUGCUCGCUCUCUCCCGCCAAAAGCUGCCCAACCUUCCCGGCACCUCCAUUGAGGGCACAGAGAAGGGUGGAUACACCAUCAGCGACAACUCAUCUGGCAAGCCUGAUGUGAUCCUCCUGGCCACCGGCUCUGAGCUCGAGAUGGCGGAGAAGGCUGCCAAGAUCCUCAGGGACGAGGGCAAGGGUGUGCGAGUUGUCUCCAUGGUCUGCUGGGAGCUCUUCGAGGAGCAGCCAGAGGAGUACAAGAAGUCUGUUCUCCCUGAUGAUGUGCGUGCUCGUGUCUCCGUUGAGGCUGGCUCCACCCUCGGCUGGCACAAGUAUGUGGGUGACAAGGGCAAGGCCAUCGGUGUUGACGAGUUCGGUGCCUCUGCCCCGGCCAAUAUCCUGUACGAGAAGUAUGGCAUCACUGUUGAUGCUGUUGUAGCUGCCGCCAAGGCCUCCAUGGCCUAG